GCACAGCUUAUUUGCAGCACUGGGAAGACAUCCUGUUUUAGAUGAACUUGCGGUCCUCUCCCAGUGAAUGGGUAUGCUCCAUUAUUAGCUCCACUUUCAUGUCCAUGGUCUCUGUCAGCUUUCAGCUGAUGCCAUUACUGUUCCUGGUGCAUUCGAUCAAGGCGACCAUGACCACGUGAACACUCAAACCAAUUAUGGCCCCUGGCAGCAGCUUACGAUCAGGCUCAUCUUGUGUGGAGGGAUUUCGGCAAAUUGGAUCAGGCUGCUUACAGGAGCUUAGCAUGACGUACUGCAACUUUGAGUUUAAUCAUGAGGCUCCUCGGCAAUCCUCCACCUCUCCAGGACAACGGAACACCGCGAUUAGCCUCACCUGUGUGUUAAGGAAGAAAAACUGGUCAAAUCUGGGAGGAAAAGCCUUGUGAAAAUCCAAGUUUCUGUCACAAUGGGAGAGGUGACAGCUUUGGAGAAAUAACACUCCUGUGCCGCUCCCAGGUCCUCCUGGGUUCUUCAUUUCUGCUCUUCUGCUGUGGGAUGGAUUAGAUAGCAAAGAGACUGGGAAACAGGAGCUGCAGGUUGGCGCACUCAAGAACAUUUAUCUGAACUAAGGGGCUACUGGUUAUCUGCUGGUUAGCUACUGGUUAAAAGUAUUGCCUGACUCUCUUUUUCACAGUAAAGGAUACAUCACAGGUUGAACAAUGGCUUUGAUGUUGGUCAAGUUUGAUCUGAAGAAGCGAGUGAAGCUCGCUCAGACUGUCUGGUUCAUGUACUGGUUCGCUGUAAUGGCUGGUGUGUUAGUCUUCAGCAUGGGCCUGUUCUUUAAGAUCGAGCUGCGAAAGCGCUCAGAACUUAUGGACAACAAUGAGAGCCACUUUUUGCCCAACCUGCUUAUAUUUAUGGGUCUAAUAGCCUGUGGCAUCAAUGCUUUUGGAGGCAAAAUGUGCUAUGACUCACUGGACCCAACCAAGUUUGUAAAGUGGAAACCCUUGUUAAAGAACUUCUUGGUGUUCUGCGUGGUGUUCAACACCCUACUUUUUGUGACGGCCCUGCUGUGUUUCUUGAUGAGGAUCCCUAUGCAGUUCACCCUGGCUGAGGGGCUGAGGAAUGGCAUGAAGUUCUACAAGGACACGGACACACCGGGACGCUGCUACAUGAAGAGGACCCUGGACCUGAUGCAGAUGGAGUUUCGGUGCUGUGGAAAUGACAACUUCAGAGAUUGGUUUGAGAUUCAGUGGGUUAGCAACCGCUACCUGGACUUCAGCUCAAAGGAAGUCAAAGACCGCAUUGGGAGCAACGUGGAUGGCCAGUACCUGAUGGAUGGAGUCCCAUUCAGUUGCUGUAACCCCAGCUCCCCCAGGCCCUGCAUCCAGUUCCAGAUGACCAACAACUCCGCCCACUACAGCUACGACCACUACACAGAAGAGCUGAACGUGUGGAGGCGUGGCUGCCGCGAAGCCCUGCUGUCCUACUACGGAGGCAUGAUGAACACCAUCGGAGUCCUGGUGUUGUUGAUCACGAUGCUGGAGUUCACGGUGACCAUCGGCCUGCAGUACGUGAACAGCUCCCUGUCCACCUUGGCCAAUCCAGACGACCCGGAGAGCGAGAGCGAGGGCUGGAUCCUGGAGAAGACUGUGAAGGAGACGUUCACUGACAUCAUGGACAAAAUGAAGGCCAUGGGAAAGGGUAGCAAGGUGGAGGAGGGGGGUGAGGCAGCAGUUGCCACGGUGAGCUGAGCUAACCCCUCCUGCAAGAACUGACACCACUCCCACCUGAAGCGGGGAGGAAGGGGACGUGUGAGAUUAAUGUGUUUUUCUACCAGCAUUUAUUAUUUAGACACUACACACACACACACACAUAUUUGGCUAUGAACUCCUGCUAUAUGGACUCCUUCCAA